AUGGACAACACUGAGGGUUGUGACGAUCGGUAUUCUAACUCCAGUCGGAGAAUAGCGGACUUUCGAGUUUUACCCCUCCUGGUAAUUGGAUUCGCUAGCUAUCAGCUUGACAGAACCAAUAUUGCUAGCGCACUCACGGGAAAUUUUGCAACUUACAUAUCCGUCGACCAAAACAUUAUCAAUCUCGGAAAUCAACUGAUGUUCCUGGGUGUUAUUGUGCUGGAGAUACCAUCAAAUAUUAUUCUACACAAAAUCGGCCCUCGCCAAUGGAUCAGUGGACAAGUUUGCAUAUUCGGGAUAGUAGCAUGUCUACAAGUACUUGUGCGCAAUAAGUUAGGCUUUCUACUCACCAGGACGUUUUUGGGUCUUGCUGAAGCUGGGUAUAUCCCUGGUGCAAUGUAUACACUUUCUACUUGGUAUACCAAACAAGAGUUGACAAAACGAAUCGCCAUUUUCUUCUUCGGCAUGUUUGGUGGAACCGCUGUUUCUCCGCUUCUUGGAGCUGCUCUCUUGAAACUGGACGGAAAAUACGGUCUUUUUGGCUGGCAGUGGAUAUUCCUCGUCGAGGGUCUGUUGUCCGUUGCGGUUUCUAUCGUCCUCUUUUGCUUCCUUCCUAAGUACAAGGAAUCCCCUAUAUCGUCUAACCGACUGAGCAUUUCGGAAUCCGGAGAGCAUCGCCUAAUCAAUAAAACAUUGGCUCACCCUGGUAAAACGCAUAUAUCAUUCAAGUUCGUUUGGGACACGUUAACGAACAUACGGAAAUGGCCGCACUUUAUUGCCACAGGUUGUGUCUUUGCUACGUGGAGCCCUCUCACAACUUAUACCCCGAGCAUUUAUAUGGAGCUGGGUUUUUCUCGAAUUACGGCAAAUGCACUUUGUGCAAUCGGAAGUUUACUCACUCUCCCCGUGAUUCUCUUUUUCGCGUGGGUGAGCGACAAAUCGAACAAAAGGGGCCUCACUGUUAUGGCUGCUAUCUUUGUCUACUUGAUCGCGUUGGUAAUUCUGAGAAUCAUGAUGCACCAUGUGGAUAAAUGGGGCAAGUUUGGACUCUGGACAACAGUCAAUGCUUUGGCUGUAGGCUAUCAUCCGAUCCACAAUUCGUGGAUCCAAAUUAACUGCGAGAGUCCCGAAGAGAGAAAUAUAAGCGUUGCGUGA